AUGGGGACAGAAUAUCUGGGUCUCCAUGCUAUUGGAUGGCAUGGAAUGCUCAAGACCUGGUGGGACAAAGCACUCGCUGUACUGCUAUUGACCACCAUCGUCCUGGGUUGUCUAUACUUCCUGUUCAUUAUCGGAAAGAAGCUCCAUGCUCGCUGGAAGGGGAGACGCCAACUAUCAGCCGCCCCCGUGGCCAUCACUCGCUAUCUUGAUCGCUUGAAGAGGGAAACGAAACCUCUCCGUUCGCAGAGCCCUGCAAAUGUGGAACUGAAGACAUUCGGAGUGUACCUCGGGUCGCUAUCCAGCCCUCCUAGUCCAGAGCAAUUGUCCAUACUAUCGCGAUGGGACGUUAUCGUGGUAGACCCUCUUCAGCAUGGGAUUGUGAGCGGUAUAUACAAUUAUUGUUCCUCCACCCACGUCGUUGGCCGGGUGGAUGUUCAAAGUUUGGUAAACAUCGAGACAAGCAUCACAAUCGAUGAAGUCAUUCAGUGUUUGUGUGUCGUUGCCGAAACAGUCAUCUCGAACUUCAGCCAUCCACAAGGAAGGGAGUCCCCACUUCACGGAGUUCUCCUGGCAGACUGGCAGAAGCAUUUCCAACCUGUUGUACUCAACCAAUUGGUCCAAUACCUUAAUGGUAUUGGUCUUGACGUAUGGCUGGAGAUGUCACCGCCUGACUAUCUCAGCGAACGUGAAUGCCGCGACAUCGACAUAAGCCGCAUUCGCGGCGUUGUUUACCGCAACGGUACAAUAUUUCCCAGCGGCAACCAGCGAGACUACUUUCAGAUGGAAAAGAUGCGGACGGUCAUGCGAGUUGUCGCUGCCCAAAAAGCCAUGGGAGGCUGCACUCACGCCAUGUGGGAGACAGUCGAAGAUGAUGUGGACGUCUCCCACCAUGUUCUCGGACGGACCUUCAAGUGGUGCGGUUACAACAGCGCCAUGAACUGGAUUGGUCCUCGGUCCGCUCUGACAGACGCCGAAGUUGCCGCUCGUCGGACAAUCAAGAACGAGCCCUUGGGUGCAUUGAUGUGGUUGAAGGACGAUAUUGUGCUCAAAGCCCACGAUAACUGGCGCUUCAAUGACAAGGUGACGGAAGUCUCCGCUGAACAUGAUGCUCGCUACGAUGGCCUAUGGACCUUCGUACCGGAUCUCCUCGAGAAAAUGAUCAUUGUUCCUCCUACACAUCGGCAUCGGUCACUGGUUGAUGCGCGCUCGAUUGACAUCGAUGAGGUUGAUUGGCCAUCGAAAAUGGACUACGCACACAUGAAUCCCUUCUCUGUCUCCCCCGACGGUGUCGACUACAGCGGUCUGGGCUGUUUUCAAAUGGGUCAUGACUGCUCCGAGAAAGACAUCAAUGACCUUCUCGAGGCGCAACGCAGCAUUCGCGACCUAGAUCUUCUCGACCGGAUUCAAGUAGAGGAGCUACGACGUAUGGCGGCGGACCUGCGUGCUCUCCUCAAAUCGCAGAAAACUUCCAUCGGUGCAGGCGCCAUGUCUGCCACGAUCCAAGAAUUGAUUGACCUUCUUUCUUCUGGUAACGGUGCGGAAAAUGAUAAACUUCGGAUCUGGGUCGGUUUACACUCCGGAUUUCGCACGCCCAGUGGGACCCAGAUCUGGGGUAUGUACGAGGCCGAUGCCCUCACGGGCUCGUUGGAUAUUUUCAUAUCCGGAAAGACGGUCGAUCGGACAGCGACCAUCUUGCACACCUUCCUAUCGCGUCGCAGAUUCAGCCGGUAUGAAUGCCUCAAAGCGGAAAUCGCCCUUGCAGAUGCCAGAAACACUCUUUCUCCGAAAUGGGAUCUCCCUCCUCGAUUGGUGAACGACAUCGAAGACCUCAGUCCCGCGGAGGCGCUGCUUUGGAUGCAACGCUUAACAUUGUCGACAUGUAAAGAGUCGUCCGCUUUAGUGGCUAAAGUUCGCACCUGCUGUGAAUAUCAGCUCCUGGACGUCCCAACUCUGAGCCAGUUGCGAGCUAUGACCUCGACGGGCUAUCUCAGCGGGGAAGUGUCCGCCAAGCAGCUUGUUGAAGUGCGUUUGGCCUGGUACCACGACCAGGGCUGCGCAUCGCUCGAACCCAGAAGUGCUCUGGCGCUGUUUGAAGAGAUUGACGCUCGCCUUCCUGAGAUACUCAUCGAGGCAGACAGCACGAGCUUGGCGAAAAUCACCGAAGUCAUGGAGGCUAUUCUGCAACCGGGGCAGAUUGAUGUCAGGGCAGACUUUCUGGCCCUGUCCGUUUUCUGCGCUUUUCGUAAGCUGGCCAUGAACGAGAUUUACCUCGAGGUUCUUGAUCGUAACCCUCGUCCGAACCUUCACCAUGUGCAAACAUCUUGCUUUGCUGAAAAUUAUGCGGUCGGAGCCAGAUGCGAUGCUUACAUCGACAUGACGCCCAAGGCCAUUGGCAAAAUCUUGUCCGAUCGUAUCCGCGCAUACUAUCGCCAGCACCAACCACCUCGACGGGAGGAAGCUUUUACCGAGCUUCCCACUGCUUAUGCGUCCAUGGAUAUCGAUCUGGAUCCCAAUGGAGGACAGGAGGACCUCCCAUUAUCUUACCGCUUUACGUUCCUUGGUAUCUUUGCGGUUCCGGCGCUGAUCGAUAUCACUCUCCUGACGACCAUCGGACGAGGCCUGUAUCUUACCACCUUCAUGAGCAAUGACGAUAAAACUUUGGCGACCACUGCAUUGAUGGCUGCGUUGCUACUCUGCGGUGGCUUCGGCGGCUGGAUCAGCUCGGGAGGCAGCUACUACCUAUAUGCCAUGGCGUUUCCCGCGAUGAGCAUGUUCGUCUUAACCCGCUUCAUCGCUGGCGUAGCAGUUGUCUCCGUCGGAGGUAUCUUUACAUUCAUUGGGAUAGGAAUCGCCAAAGGCUUUGUGUCUGGUGUUGUCUUUUCCGCAUACCUAGUGAUGUUGACAAUAUAUCUGAUGACACUGUCUGCAUUGUCAAUCUAUCAGCUCCCUGGAUUCCAUUUCCAGUCGGGCCGCACGGUUAUUAUGAGCUGCAUUCCUAUCUUGUUCGUCUCUCCCGUUCUUACCAUUUGGCUCCAACACGACAUAAUCAUAUAUCCCUGCGUCCUGGCCGUCUUCCUGACAGCACUACUGCUCGGUGCCCGACGUGUGAUUGCAAAGUGGAACAAUUGGUACCUGCAUAUUCCCUGCAUCACUGACGGCCAGGUAGUAGACUGGUACCAGCGGACGUAUCUCGCCAGUGCGUCUACUGGUGAUGCCGACAAGGAGUUGGCAUCCACUGCUCUGGCCCGUCAGACCCUGUUGGCCUGCGUGCUGAAGGAACGAAAGCAUUGGUUCUGGACCAGGUCCACGGCCGACCCAUUCAUCAAGCGUCUCGCUGACGAAUAUUCCGCCACAAUGUUUCUGCUUGUGUGGUACUGCAAAUUCUCCCGGACGAGGCUUCCUCUUGCCUACAGUCCAACGUGGAACUUGCAGCUCAAAGCCGCCGUCGACACCAUGGGCGACAUGCAAAAGGGACUCAAAUUGCAUAAUGCGUUCCUUCACUGGCGGCACACGGGGAAAGACGUCUGGGGCGGAAUUCUCUACUUCAUCAUCGCCCUCAUGGACAAGUGGACAGCCCUAUUCACCGGCGAAGGACUGGUUGGGCUCUCCUCCGCUUCAAGUGAGACAUAUCGCUUGGCUGUAGGUUUCGGUCUGUGUUACUAUUUGAUCGGAGCCGUCAUCCUCGAUGGCGUCUCGCAGCCGCUGUGGACGCUGGCACAUCAGAGGACACCUCAGCCAAUUCCCUCUCUCGAGUUUCUGCGCGAGGCCACACGCAAUGAUGCAUGUGCUCGACGGUCGCUGUACUGGCGGAAUCUGCUCAAGUUCUCUUUCCUCCAUAUCUGGGCUAUUGCAGUCACUUGCGCUCUAGUCUGGUCAUUCGAAGGCUCCCGCAGUGCCAUCAUCAUGUACCUGGCGUAUAUCGGUGCAUAUACGGGUCUUCUUUGGUAUCAGUAUAACAGAAUUUACACUGGAUCCCGAUCGGAUCGGGCGCUCACUGUUGGCGCUGUUGUUGGUUUUCUGGCUUGCAUCCUGCUGAGAGUCCUCCCGCGGCAGUUUGCUUAUAGCGGUGUACUCGGAUUGGCAGUUGGCACCUGGACGACCGCGAUUGUGUCUUUUUGGAGGGCUGGCGUGGCAUGGCCCCGUGGUCAGAACUUAACCGGCAUUGAUAAGGAUAAGGAUGCUGUCACGUACACCUGCAGCACACUGGAGCCCGAUCCGGAUUUCUCACAAAAUACUUUAUCAAAUACCUUUGACGCAAUUCGUGCGUUGUCUCCCGAGCUCCGGUACAAGUUGGAUCCUUCUCAACACCCUGGCACGGAGGUGAUGCAUAUUCUUCGUUCGAAGGGCGAGACCAAGACGUUGCCCAGCUUGCAACAAGCCUUUCCUCAAGCGGAGACAAUAUUGCAUCGCACAGCCGAACUAUGGCAAUCGGGAGAAACAGUUGUCGAGCUUGUGUCGGCACGUCAUCUCUUGCUGCCACCACAGGACCCUGCCAUGCGCGCGAUCACACAAAGAACAGGAGACCGGCUUCACAUCUUCAUUCUGAUCAGCCUCGACCUUGUUGGGGAUGAGUGGGUCGUGAACAUUCGUCGCAAUUGCCAAGCCAUCGCUGAGACUCUGGUUCAUGUUACGGCUGAAAGUCGACUGGGACUUUCUCGCGAUCAUGCAAUGCUAGCGGAGCUCUUGGUAGCCCAGCAUCACCACAGUGGUGCGCUUGUCGUUCCCGAGGGCAUCAAGCGCCAGCUCGAAAGCUCUUCCUCGGAAAGGAAACGGGUGAUUGCCAACGCUCAAAAGACAAUGCUCCGCCAUCUUCUUUUGGGAAUGGAUCCUGAAAUGGAAUGGGAUCUCAUGCCUCGGCAUGUCCACGCCUUCUUGAUAGAGAGAGCAUGCGGCCAACCAACUCGUCUUUCUGCGCCAGAUGUGGAGUGGAUCCGUUCUCGAGCUGGCACAGCCGACGCAGUGGACCUCCAUUGUCUCGUUGCGAGAUAUAGCUUGAGUACUUCCCUGGCCGUACUUGUAGGCCAGUACGCCGGAGCGAUCGCUGCCCAUGAUGAGGAUUUUGGACCCAGGUCAGAUUUCCGCGACUCAAGCUAUGAUCAACUGAUUACCACGGUGUCAUCCGAGGUCGAGCUCAAGAACAAGGGGUUUACCGAGUUUAUCCGAGUAACAGUCAUGAGGUUUCUUCAGAAGAUUCGAACCUGUAUCAAGUUCACUGUGCUCUCCUUGGUCGCAGAUCCCGAGUAUCAGCGAGAAUUGAAUUAUAUCCUUCGUGGCCAGUCGCUGGUCAUCUCUUGGCCCAUCACAUGGAUUCUGACUGCUAUUUGGUCUUUCUGCAAGGCCUUGCAGGACCUUAUCCUCCCCCUUGUUCUGUUACAUGGUCGAGACAAGGUUUCCGCUCUGUACAAAAACAUGAAAGGACAGAAGACGGUGCUGGAAAAGAACCGUAUCGUCCUUGAAAGUUUGAACGGUCUCACGACUUGUUUCAUGCAUAUCGAGCCAGACGGUUGUUCUCGACUCUACCAAUACUCCGGUCACCAUGAGCAAGAACCGAGUCAACGGCAGAAUCUGGUGGCCAUCAACACAUACACCGACAAGCUCAUACUUCGCAGUCGGGAACUAUAUGAUGGCAAGGGGACUCUGCAGAACGAGUUUGUAUAUGAUUAUCCCGAAACGUCCAGGGCAAAGCUCCCCAUGCAACGGCAAUGCCUAGCCGGCGACCUGGAGGGACAAGUCGUCCAAUACGACCAGCGUGGAUACAUCACCACCGGCUCCGCCAUGAGAGGAGUCAAUCCGGUUCAGUUCCAGUACUGGUACCGCAAGAACGCCAAGUUCGACGACGAGUUGCUUCGAGCCGAGUAUGUCUUUCCGCAUAUCAAAAUCAAGGUCGCAUGGAGUAUGCCUCCACCGACGCGUCCGGACCGCCUGGACAAAUGGAUCCCGUAUCCACGGGUCACUGAGGCUGUGUUCAUCCAAGACGGCGAUGUCUACAAUGCUCAGUGGACGUAUGAUCACAAGUUCCAUCCAAUCAUUGCGACUACUCUGAACGGCGAACACAUUCCCACGCCGCCCAUGAUCUGUGACGACUGGUUCCAUCAAUAUCCAAUUCCAACCUCGCGUGCUCGAACACAGCUUUGGAAAUCAUGGAAGGCCUCCAAGGAGUUUGAUGCAGUUACUGCCCGGUGGCUAGACGAGAUUCUGCUUCGAUCUGAUCGUAUUCUCCGUCCGUACUGGAGGCGGCGUGACUGGGGUCGUCUCGUCUCAGCAGCGGACUAUCUUGACGCCCAGGUAGACACCAUUCUGGCUCGUGUUGAUAUUGAUCCGGAAAUCAGUUCAUGGACACAACUGGCCUUCAAAAUCAGCGACCUGUACAGUUUUGGCCAAGGGCUGCAAGAUACCGACAGCGAACUGCAUGUUUUGGCGAUGGACACCGGCACCUGGCCCAAUGAGCCAGGAGGUGUCUCUGCAUGCCGAAGGGACAUGGUCAACGAUCUGAAGUAUAUCCGGUGGCACAUCCUCGCUGAGGCGGCGAAUGACUUUGGCGUCCCUAAAUUCCAGAUAGAACGGAACGUGCAGUCGCUGACUGUUUUGCCGCAAUGGGGUCUGGACUUCCUCAACCCAACACACGGUGUGUUCCAAAAUUGUUUGGAUUCCGCGGUGGUCGAGAAGUCAUACGACACCACGGUGGCAGAUAUCCGACGCAAUUUCCUUCCCAUUCUGUCCAGCAUAGUUCGGUGUUCACGAGCCGUCCAGCUCACCCGCUCGCAUAUCGAGGAAGCGACGCGUGCCCUGGUGGACUUGAACACGUAUUUUGAGUCGUCCCGCAGUUGGAACGAUGUCUGGAUGAGUGAUACUGUCAAACAGGCGUGGCGAGAAAUGUGGCUCAGCGAAGACACGCCCGGCGCUGUUCCUGUUUCACAAUGGUUGAAUUCCGAAAGACCCACGCUCCUGCAACUUGACUCGGCAUUGGACAUGUGGCACCGCUACCUUUUUAUCUUCUCCAUCCCCGUUCCCGACAAGAUUCCUGAUGUUUUCCAGGUUUCGCAUCAUUUCACAGGCGCUACAUACGGUGUCCUAUGCAAGGUAAAGCGUCAAUGCGCCUUGCAUGUCUGGGACCAUUGUGUCUCUUUCCGUGAGAUGACCACAUUCCUGUCAUCAGCGGUGUCCUUCGAUUCGACCUUCGUAAAUACCACUCUGAUGGGGUUAGGACAUCUGUCGUGUGUUCUGAUCCAGCAUCACGCAGACGUUGUCCUUCCAUGUGCCGAAUACUUCAAUCCGGGAUGGGAAAUCGAACUAGGAACCUGCGAAGGUGCCCUCCAGCAUCGCCGGACCUUCCGUCGAAAGAUCGACCCAGUUGUGAACGGGAUCACUAAUAUGGACAAAUAUAAGCCAAUUGAGACGAUCAAGACGGCUACCCCGACGGUAGUCAUGUUGUCACAUAUUCGAUAUGUGAAAGACAUCAAGACAGCGAUCAUGGCAACUGACCUCAUUGUCAAUAUUUGGGGCUUCAAGGAUUAUCGGCUGCACAUCUACGGAGACAUGGAGCGUGCGCCAGCUUACGCGUCGGAAUGUCAGGAAAUCAUCGCAUCAAAGGGCCUGCGUGAGCAUGUUGUCCUGAAAGGAUUGGGAAAUCCGUCUGUGGUCCUCCAAGACGCUUGGUUGUUCAUGAACUCGUCCAUUUCCGAAGGUCUGCCAUUAGCCAUGGGCGAGGCCGCCUUGACUGGUGUCCCUGUGGUUUGCACCGACGUAGGUGCAUCGUUUUGUGUGGUCACUGACCGCGCCACGGGUAAAAAGUUCAGCGAAGUGGUCGCGCCCAACGACGCUAUAUCCCUUGCCAGCGCUCAAAUCAGGGUGCUGGCAUUACUGGGCCAAUGGAGCGCUUUUGCCGAGGACGAGGAGGGCUAUGUACCCCCAACUUUAUCCCUGCGCCCUUCGCGUGAGGAGGUAGAACAGAUCACACGGCGUAUGUACGAAAAGGCCGAGCAGCGUCGAAAGCUUGGCAUGCUGGGUCGGUCCAAUGUGUACAACAAUUUCUCUUCCGAUCGGUACCUCCGAGAACAUGAACAAAUGCUCUGGCUGGGCAAGUACCAGAGCCACAGCUACGUUGCUCGAGGUCCAGGUUCGUCGAACAACUCCAGCGGGUUUUUCAAGGAGAAGUGGAAGUCGUCGAUUCUGAUUGAUCAAAAUGAGGUUCUUCUGACCCCAAACUCGGACACGUGGUGGACUCCCUUCCGCCCGAGGUUGAAGCGAGGAAGUCGUUUUGGGGGCGCGAUCGAAGGAACUUCGGGAACCCAAACACCUGUUUGACCUCUCAUAAUUUUAAUGUAUAAUUGUAUGUUUUUCGAAACUCACACCAGAGAUGUAU